UUAGGGUUUCGUAUAUUAUGAAGAUUUGUCGAAAAAAUAUAUGGGAGUUAAAAAAUUGAUAAAAACUAGUGUAUGUUUCUGCAGGUCGUACGUCGAUAUUUUUAAAUCAAGAAUGAAUACAAUAGGUGGCAUGACGAGAUUGAACGACACCGGAUACUUUUCCUCGGGUUUUUACGGUGGAGAAUGUUUAACUUCUGCAGCAAGAAACUUAAACUAUAUUAAGUAUCCAUCGAAUUCUAUGUUGUAUGUGAGUCUUGCUUAUAGAACAAGGAGCAUAAAACUACAUAGGAGGGCAGAUAAUUAUUACUAUAGUCGAAGAAGUUACGUGGUGAAAUCUAAUCAGAGCUCCGGUACUAAUGAAACGACGGAUGCGCGUGAAAAUCACGUGCCCGAAUCUUGCGAUAUUGCUGCACAAGAUGGAUUGACAGGCAAGCAAGAUCGAAUAGUGGAGAAUGCGGAAACUAAAAAGCAGCCUAGUUCGAAAGGUGUGGAUAAGACAUAUUAUCCGGCGGUUUCAACGCGAGGGAAAAUAUUUAGAGACGAGUACUUGACAAAGUUCGUUCGGUGGGAGGACAUAACCGACUCGCGGGACGAUUCUCCUAACUAUCCAAUUGACGAACGCACUUAUAGUCUCCUCUCGGAAUGUAUGGCGUCGCAUUUGAGGCAUACGCAGCUCGCCAAAGACCACGGUGACUAUUUGCCUUCUUCGAGUAGGAAAAUUCUGCUUCAGAGUGCUCCAGGUCAGUUUUUUCAAUUUUAUCUCGAUUUUUUUUCUUUCACCAAGUUUGGUCUACUCUUUGAACAUAUAGUAGAACCUUGAUAAAUUAAUAACCUCGAUUAAAU